AUGAAUGCUUUCAUGAUUUUCGCUAAAAUUAGAAGAGGUGAGAUUCAAAGACAAAAUCCUAAUUUUAGUAAUAAUAAAGUGAGUGUCAUUUUAGGACAAGAAUGGAAAUCUUUGCCAACCGAUCAAAAAAAGCCUUAUAAAAGAAAAGCUGAAGAGUUGGAUAAAAUGCAUAAGAUAAUGCAUCCCGAUUAUGUAUAUAGCCCAGCUGAGAGUAGAAAGAAAAAGGCUGAACGCAUGCUCGAAAAAGUGGGGAAAAAAACGAUAGCCAAGCAUUUGAAAUUCGAAGAUACUCCUAAAAAGUUUACCCACAAAAAGAUGACAAAAUUAAGCAGCCUUAUUGAUAAAUUAAACAAAUAUAAUGGAUCAAUGGCUUCCACCGUAGAUAAUAAUUUAGAAGGAUAUAAUAAGUUGGAGAAGUCUCAUAGCGUAGGAGAACUAAAUCUCGGAUAUACCCUGGAAAUGAUAUCCGAAGAUAACUUAUUUAAGGAUAUAAAUUUGGUACAAAGUGAUACCAUUUUAGAGUAUCGUUCCAUAAAUAAUAUAGAUCAAACUAAUGAGAAAAUCUUGUCAUACACAUCUGUACCAGAGAGUUUAAUAGGUCAUUCUAUUUCGGAUAACUUUUCAUUGAAUUAUGUUACAGACUCUCAAUGCAAUACGCUAAAAAGGGAAUGUUGGGAAGAUGAAUCCCCUCGACCUAUACAAUACGAAUAUUAUGAUUACGUAUUUAAUAACAAUCAUAACUACUCAAAUGAUAAUUCUGACACGUCCUGUUAUUCUCAUAUAUUUAAUAACAAUCAUAACUACUCAAACGAUAAUUCUGAUACGUCCUGUUAUUCUCAUAAUCAGCUGACUAAUAACGAUGUACCUGUACCCUUAUUCAGGGAAAAUGAUUCACACCAACAUACAGUGUUAACCGAGCUCAAAAAUAUAGACCCAAACUGUAAGAUUGGCGGCGAAGAUAUUCUGAGAUUAGCUAUGCAAUCAGCAGAUCUUAAUUAUCAAACUCAAAUUAAGAGCUCCAUACCUAUGUUACUCGAAUCAGAUAAUUCCAAACAAUUUAACAAUUAUACGUAUAUGGUCAAUUCAUAUCGACCGACAAAUUUACCCCCUUUUGCGACAUUCAACACCCCUCUUAAAAAUUAUUCGGAAUCAAAUUAUAAUUCACAAGAAUUAAGAUACUAUCCUUCUGAAAAUAUGCGAUAUAGUAACCAUGCCCAUUAUUCUGACACGCUUAACACGAGUGAAAACGUAGGUUAUCGUUUCUCAGAGGGUAUUAACAUUUCAUAUGAUCAAAAUUUUCCUAAUGAUUUAAAUGAUCAUUCAAUAAAGGGAGAAAUAUUUUAUGAUUUUAAACAAGAAAAAUUCCUUCCAAUCAAAAUUGGAUCCUAA